AUGUUUAUUAGACACGCGUUGGUAUUAUGUUGUAGACAACAACAAUAUUCACGAUCAAUAUUAAACGUCCAUAACACAAAAAGCAUUUGGCAAAGCUCAAGUUUUUUGUUAACCUGUGCAGAAUCAAACUUUAUAAUACAGCGUAAAAUGAGUGCUUCAAGCAAUACAGCUGUUGGAGAAUCGGGUGGUGUUAAUAAGCUGCCACUGAAGAAGCCACAAGAAUUAGAAACCAUUUUACGUUUAAAUGACAUUACAAAGUCAGAACAAGAUACUCGCGACUAUCGCGGCUUGCAGCUGGAGAAUGGCUUGAAGGUGUUGUUGAUUAGUGAUCCGAAAACUGAUGUUUCUGCAGCGGCGCUGGCUGUGCAAGUUGGUCACAUGUCCGAUCCCGAUAAUCUACCUGGUUUGGCGCACUUUCUGGAACAUAUGCUUUUCUUGGGUACAGAAAAGUAUCCGCAUGAAAAUGGUUAUACCACCUAUUUGUCCCAAAGUGGUGGCGGCAGCAAUGCGGCUACAUAUCCGCUAAUGACCAAGUAUCAUUUUCAUGUAGCGCCCGACAAGUUGGAUGGCGCACUCGAUCGCUUUGCGCAAUUCUUUAUAGCUCCUUUAUUUACGGCCAGCGCAACGGAACGUGAAAUAAAUGCGGUCAAUUCCGAACAUGAGAAAAACAUACCUAGCGACAUAUGGCGCAUUAAGCAGGUGCAUAAGCAUUUGGCAAAACCGGAUCAUCCAUACUGCAAAUUUGGGAGUGGUAAUAAGGCCACACUGCAUGACAUACCGAAAUCGAAGAACAUUGAUGUGCGUGAAGAGCUUUUGAAAUUUCAUAAAAAAUGGUAUUCGGCGAAUAUAAUGAGUUUGGCUGUACUAGGCAAAGAAUCACUUAAUAAGCUUGAAGAAAUGGUUAUCGAAAAGUUCUCUACAAUUGAGAAUAAAAAUGUUGAAUUACCAACUUUUCCGCCCGAACCAUUCUCUGAGGAUAAAUAUGCGCAGAAAGUUUAUAUUAUACCAAUAAAAGAUUUACGCUCCUUGACGAUCAGCUUCACAACAGCUGAUCUAACGGCUUUCUAUAAAUCUGCGCCUGAUAGCUACCUUUCGCAUUUACUUGGGCACGAGGGCAAAGGCAGCAUACUAUCUGAGCUGCGUAAUCUUGGUUGGUGCAAUGACUUAAUGGCCGGCCAUCAGAAUACAUUAAACGGUUUUGGUUUCUUCGAAAUUGUUGUCGAUCUAACGCAGGAGGGCAUGGAGCAUGUGGAUGAUAUUGUAAACAUAAUCUUUCAAUAUUUAAGCAUGCUACGCAAAGAGGGUCCGAAAAAGUGGAUUUUCGAUGAAUAUGUUAAUAUAAAUGAAAUACGUUUCCGUUUUAAGGACAAAGAACAGCCGGAAAAUAUGGUUACACAUGCGGUGUCGGCAAUGCAGAUUUACCCACUCGAAGAAGUACUCACUGCACCUUACUUGAGCAAUGAAUGGCGUCCCGAUUUAAUAACCAAACUGCUCGAUGAACUCGUGCCGGAAAAGUGUCGCCUUGUAUUAAUUGGUCAAAGUUAUACAGCGCUUUGUAAUGAAAGCGAACCAUAUUAUAAAACUAAAUAUGGCGCAUAUAAAAUUGAUAGCGAUACUAUAAAGCGCUGGCAAAGCUGUGAACUCAACGAUAACGUUGCACUCCCUCUGCCAAAUGAUUUUAUACCUAAAAAUUUAGAAUUAGCGCCAGUGGACGCGGAUAUAACAAAACAUCCAAGCAUUAUUAAAGAUACGCCCAUCUUGCGGGUGUGGCAUAAACAAGACGAUCACUUCUUAAAACCCAAAGCAUGCAUGACUUUCGAUAUGUCUAAUCCCAUAGCUUAUCUUGAUCCACUCAAUUGUAAUUUAAAUCAAAUGAUGGUUUCACUACUCAAAGAUCAAUUGAAUGAAUAUUUAUAUGAUGCGGCUUUGGCGGGUUUGAAGUUGAUUGUGAACACGAAGUCGACAGGCAUAGAGUUUUCGAUACGAGGCUAUAACGAUAAGCAGUUAGUUUUAUUAGAAAAAGUAUUGGAUCAUUUAUUCGACUUUAAAAUCGAUGAAAAACGUUUUAAUAUAUUGCGCGAGGAGUUUAUACGUUCGCUAAAGAAUUUCCGCGCUGAACAACCGUAUCAACAUUCAAUGUAUUAUAUGGCUUUAAUUCUAACCGAGAAUGCUUGGGCAAAUGGGGAGUUGUUGGAUGCGAUGGAAUUGGUUACUUACGAUCGCGUGGUGAAUUUUGCACGUGAUUUUUUCCAUCGUCUACACACUGAAUGCUUCAUUUAUGGCAAUGUGACAAAGGCGCAAGCAUUGGAUAUUGCAGCGCGCGUCAAUAAACGUUUGGAGGCCACCAAUUCUAUUGUUUUGCCACUUUUGGCGCGUCAGAUGCUCAAGAAACGAGAGUACAAAUUGUGUAAUGGCGACAGUUAUUUGUUUGAAACUCAAAAUAAAUAUCACAAAAACUCCUGUGCUCAAUUGUAUUUCCAGUAUGGUCCACAAACAGAUCGUUCUAAUAUUAUGUUGAAUUUGAUUGCGCAAGUCCUGUCGGAGCCAUGCUAUGAUGUGUUACGUACGAAGGAACAACUCGGCUAUAUAGUAUUCAGUGGCAUACGUAAAGUAAAUGGCGCUAACGGUAUACGCAUUAUAGUACAAUCCUCAAAGCAUCCAUCGUUUGUGGAGGAUCGCAUUGAGGCCUUCUUGGAGAAUUAUUUGAAAACCAUGGAAGAAAUGCCUCUGGACGAAUUUGAACGUCACAAAGAGGCUUUGGCACUGAAGAAAUUGGAAAAGCCUAAAAAUGUUACACAACAAUUUCAUCAAUUCUACAAUGAAAUUGCCGUUGCGCAAUAUCAUUUCGAACGCGAUGAAGCGGAAGUGGCAAUUUUGCUUAAAAUUACUAAGGAAGAAUUUUUGGAAUGUUUCAAGAAUUUCAUUGCUCGCGAUGGCCCCGAACGCCGUGUACUCGCCGUGCAUAUAAUCUCCGAACAAGAAAACCAACAAGACAACAACACCGAAACCCCAGAGGAGGAAGUUGUCAUUACGAAUAUGGAUAGACAUGAGAAAAUCGCCGAUUUGGAGACAUUCAAAUCGAGCAAAGAAUUAUAUCCGAUUUGUUUGCCCGUAUUGGAUAUUAAAGCGAAGGGAGCGCGUAGUAAAUUGUAAAUAAUAAAUAUUUUUAAAGCGUAAAAGAAUAUGAAAAAAAUAUAAAAAAUAAAUAAACAAAAUGACACUAAUUUAUGUACACCAAUUUAUGGUUAAAUCGAUUGCUUGAAAUAUAAAAAUAUAAAAAUAUUAAAGAAAAUUAAAGAAAAUUAAAACUAGACCAAGCAAAAUAUGAAACAAAUCAGGACAAAGAAAACUUUCAUGAAAUUUACUUUAACUAAGCGUGUUGCAUUAGUAAUUUUACUGUACAUACACAUACAUAAUAUAUAUGCAAAUGUACUUUAUAUAAUUACAUACGUACAUACAUGCAUAUAUAAUACAAUAUUAGCCCCAUCAGUUGAUAGAUUUCGGUUUGAAUUCAUUGUUUUUUUCAUAAUUUUUAUUCACCAUUUAAAAAUGUACCUCCGUAACGGCACUUUGCUUUAAAUUAAUUAAAUUUUAAUAAAACAAUAAAUAAUUGUAGCGAACAUUUUCAUUAAGUUAAUCGCUUUACAAAUUUAAUAAAAAAAUAAUAUAUUUAUAUGCAAUUAUUAAAGAUAAAUGAAACGUCAAUCGACUUAUUCAAUGGUAUACACUUACAUAUAUGUAAUUAAAGCAAAAAAAAA